AUGUCCAAAGCUAAGACUGCACCUCCUCCUGGGUGCACUCUGAACAUCAAUGAUCCUCAAGUCCAGGAGGCUGCUAUUCGAAUCCAGGCCUCAUAUCGCGGCCACAGGUCACGCAAAGAGCUGCGAGAGAAAGGUCCUCCUAAGAUCCUGCAAGAGCUCAAAGAUGUGGUCCUUGUUGAGGGCAGCGCUGCAAAGCUGGAGUGCCGAGUCAGUGCCUUCCCAGAUCCUUUCAUCGUCUGGUACAAGGAUGGCAAAGAGCUGAAGGACGGUCCAAAGUACCGCUACGUUUUUGAAGACCCGGAUUUUGUGGCGCUCGUGGUCCGAGACGGGGUUCUGACUGAUCUGGGAAAAUACACAGUUAAGAUUAAGAAUCCAUUUGGACAGACAUCUGGAUCUGCCUGUAUUCUAGUGGAAGUUCCUGCUAAAAUUUCUAAAGGUCCAGGCAGCAUCAAGGCCAAGAGAGGGACAACAGUGGUUCUCAAGGCUGAAAUUAGCGGAGAACCUCCUCCAGAUGUUGCCUGGCUCAAAGAUGGAGAUGACAUUGAUGAAGAUGACAGGCUAUUCUUUGACGUUCGAGAAACCAACACAAUCUUGACCAUCAAAAAUGCAAAGUCAUCCGACGCUGGCAAGUAUGAAGUGUUUGUGGAGAACAAUCUGGGUACAGACCAGUCCUUCGCACGAGUGGACAUCCUCUGAUGAAGCCUCACAGCUGUGGUGCUAACGCCAUGAACACGUUCUCUUACAGUUUAACUGGAGUAACGUUACAUCCAAAGCUAUACAUAAC